AUGACUUCUCCCGCACAUUCUAUCUAUGCCGAAGAGCUAUUCAAACUCGGUCAUGGAUAUCCGCUGUGGUUUCCUGAUUGUAGACGGGAGACAAAUGGAGUGAUGAUCGGUGACAUUGGAUAUAUCGACCAAGGAUCUUUCCACCGCCUCUUCAAUGCCACCCUGGAUAAAUCUAAUCCUAUCAACGCUCUGGGAGUCCCAGAAGACUUUCAAGUAUUUGCAGAGCUUGGAGAUGUUGCUACAGUGUGCACGCCCGAUGCGUUACCCCGUGGUCCAUUGUAUAGCAGGACUAUCAUGCCAAUAGACUUCCAUUCGGACACCUUGACUGGUCGCUUCUCGUGUAGUGGGGGAAAUGGUGCUUUGCUCAUAGUUGGGUCGCCCGCCACUCGCGAACAGCUGACACAUAUCCGGAGAAUAAAAAAUUACAUGUUCAAAAAUCAGGCACACUGGCUCGAUUUUGCGCAAGAUCGAGGCCGUGAAGUAUGUGCAGAGGGGAUUAUCUUCGUUCGCGGAUGGGUGAAGACAACGCGCUGGGCUGUGGCAGCGUUAACAGAGGGAGGAGAGAAUGUCGAGCUGUCCUUCCAUGGCUUUGAAGCGGAUGCUCCUUUUUCGGCGACAAACUACUCUUCGUUCUACCAUCAUACAGGCCCGCGGCAAGAAACACCCCAGGUGGAUACUGUCGCGGCUGACCAAUGCAUAUUCGUGCAUUAUUGCAAGCUUAAAAGGAGGCGAUUUAUCCCGAAUUCGUGGAAGUUACAAGCGGCCGCUGAGCCCCAGGAUCCACCACCGUCGUCCGAUGAUGAAACAAAUGGAACACAAGAAUCCCAAUGCACUUCAUCUGGCUGGAGCGAUCCUGUUGAUUAUAUUCUAGAGUAUAUCUUUCAAUAUACACUUGCAGAAGCGGCAAUUGCUAGCGACACUGAUCUCUCUGAUUUAUGCAAGGUGGGCAAUUUGGAACAGCCUCAAGCCCGCCAUGUGACAGUGACUCAUGCAAAUAUUCUUCAGCUUGCUAAUUGCCCUCUUCCUGAAGACAUACCUGAUUUCCUCAGACGCAUGCGGCCCCAAAUUGAAUUGACACAGGAAGGAGUAGGAAUGCUUAGUCUCGAUGAUUCCAUUACCGAUUUAAAAAAUAAUGGUGUCGCUGGAACGACAGAGAAACGGGAUGAUGGAUGUUUGAGCUCGUUGUGUAUGAUUCCAUCGAACAAGAACCUACACCUCACCGUGGACCCGUGGACCCCGCAUCUUUCCAUUGCUAUGUCAAGCCUUGUAUCUCAAUCCAUCUGCAUUCGUUCAGUUCCGCAGGAUCAUGUAGCCUCCCUACCCCCAACACUUGAUUCAUGUGGCGCUGUCAGUCAAGAUUGA